AUGCCCUCAGUGCUUGGGAUUGGGCUUCUUACCUAUCUCGUCUACUACUCUGUCAAUUACUAUCUCUGCUUUCGUCGCAACUUAGUCAAGGCCAAACAAUCUGGCCUUCCUUAUGUCGUUGUCCCCGUCUACCUGCUCAAUCGAUUUUGGCUAGUGACCCACCGCCUAUGGGCCCCCCUGCUGGCCAAACUGCCUCGCAACUGGACACGAUGGGUCGACAUUUGCAUGCCUGAUUUCCCUUUUCUUAACAGUAUCGAGACCUUUGAACUCAUGGGCCAUGAUACUUUCCUCGCCGUCUCUCCUGGCGGCAUCAUCAUGAACACGGUCGAUCCCUCAGUAAUUUCCCAGAUCACCUCGCGAAGGAAUGACUUCCCCAAGCCCACCCAGAUCUAUCGCUCCCUGGAUCUCUAUGGCAAGAACGUUGUCUCCACCGAAGGUGCUGUCUGGCGCCAGCAUCGAAAAGCCACCAGCCCGCCGUUCACCGAGAAGAACAAUCACCUUGUCUUCUCCGAGACCAUUGAUCAGGCUUCUGACAUGCUUGCUUCCUGGCUAGGCCCUGAUGGUAAGGGUAAUGUCACCAUUGACCGUGUCAUGGAUGAUACCAUGAGACUGAGCUUGUAUGUUAUUAGCCGCGCCGGGUUUGGUAGGAAGCUUCAAUGGCCGUUUGCGGACGCCGAGGCCGAUAUUGAUGUCAACUAUGUCGACCCAUCCAAGAUUCAGAACCAGACAGACGAGAAGGAUCCCGGCCAUUCCAUGAGCUAUACGUAUGCUAUUCACUGCUUACUGGACAAUAUCAUUCUCCAGUUCAUCCUCCCUCGUUGGCUGCUUCAGCGAGUGCCACUCGCGCUAUUCCGAAAGGCGAACGAGGCCUACCAAGAAUGGGGUAAUUACAUGAAAGAAGCUGUGGGGUCCAAGAAGAAGCACCUCAGCCGUCAAGACGGGAAAAACGAGUCUAUGGACAUUCUGGGCCAGCUGGUCAAGGGCCAGCUUCAGUCAGAAACAAGCAAGGAUGUCCAUCUCACAGACUCGGAGAUUUUAGGGAACAUGUUCGUCCUGAUCCUGGCCGGGCAUGAGACCGCUGCCAACUCAAUUCACUUUUCUUUGCUGCACCUGGCAUUGAAUCCGAAGACUCAGCGAGCCGUCCAGCAAGAUCUUGACCGAAUAUUUCAAGGGAAGCCUCCCUCGGAAUGGGACUAUGACCGAGAUCUGCCUGCUUUGUUCGGUGGUAUGGUCGGUGCAGUACUGAAUGAAGAAUUACGCCUGGUGCCUCCAGUUGUCGGUAUCCCCAAAUCGACAAUUGGCGUCAGAGAUCAACAACUUACUGUUGAUGGGAAUAGCUGCACUGUUCCAGGUGGAAUAUACAUCAGUUUGAACGCUUCGGCUGUGCACCGGCAUCCGAAGUACUGGCCAUUUGGCAAACCGACGUUGCCCGGCGGAAAACCCGUACAUCCUGUCGCAAAUAUUGAUAAUGAUCUGGAGGAAUUCCGACCAGAACGUUGGCUCGUGGAUGAUAAUGGAGACGUGCAAACGGCAGCAAACGGCAAGAAGGAAAUGCCAGGCGAGACGGUCACUUCGGAUGGUCUCGGCGUAAAUGAGUCGGCUGAUACUUCGGAAAAGCUGUUUCGACCUCCAAAAGGAGCAUACAUCCCGUUCAGUGAAGGUUAUCGUGCCUGUCUCGGGAGACGCUUCGCGCAGGUGGAAAUCCUGGCUGCUCUAGCUGUUGUCCUACAAAACCAUUCCGUUGAACUCGCUGUCGAUCAGUGGGCUAGUGAUGAGGAGGUCAUCUCAAUGGACGAAGAUACUCGCGCAGAUGUCUGGCAAAAGGCCGCGAGCCGCGCCAGAGAUCUCCUGCUUCACAAUCUCAGUGUGAUUAUCUCAUUGCAGAUGCGGGGAGGCCAUGUCGCCGUGAGAUUUGUGCCACGAGGGACUGAGAGGUUUCCUGAUGAUGCAGACGCAAUUUGGAAGAGGAAUCACCCGGAUUUGCUGCAAGGUGCCAAAAAGAGUCCCGGCUACAUCUUCUGGGACAAGGGAUCGAGAUCGAAGGAGAAAACUCCAACUAAAUUUUACUAG